AUGAGUUCUUCGUUAGCAAAACUCCGCUCGAUGGCUACCCAACGCUUCAUUUUGCGACGCUUCCAACACACUAUGCCGCAGGAACUGGAACAAAUUGCCACCGAAAAGGAUCCACAGUUUUCGAAAAUGGUACAAUAUUUUUUCCACAAAGCUUGCGUUAAACUAGAACCAAGGCUGUUGGAAUACCUGAAAAAAUAUCCAAGGAUGAAAGAUGAGAAACGGCAGCAACGGGUCCAAGCUAUAUUUCAGACGCUUAGUGGAACAGCGAAUACAUUAGAAAUACGUUUUCCCGUGUUAAGGGAUGACGGAAACUACGAGAUUAUAACUGGAUACCGUUCCCAUCAUUCACUACAUCGAUUGCCGGUUAAAGGAGGCAUCCGAUAUUCGAUGGAAGUAACUAAGGAUGAAGUGCAAGCUUUAUCAUCUCUAAUGACAUUCAAGUGUUCGUGCGUUCAUGUUCCGUUUGGAGGUGCUAAGGGUGGUGUGCGAAUUGAUCCGAGUCGCUACAGCAAAAAAGAAUUACAGAAUAUUACCAGAAGGUACACGACAGAAUUGGCCAAACGAAACUUUAUUGGUCCUGGAAUUGAUGUUCCUGCACCGGAUAUGGGUACUAGUGAUAUGGAAAUGUCAUGGAUUGCCGAUCAGUAUAGUAAAACAUAUGGACAUAAGGACAUCAACGCGUUGGCAGUAGUUACCGGAAAGCCGUUACAUCAGGGCGGAAUUCGUGGAAGAACUGAAGCCACCGGUAGAGGAGUCUUUAUAGCGACCAAUUGCUUUGUAAAAGAAAAGAAAUGGAUGGAGGCCAUUGGUCUUCAACCAGGAAUGGAAGAUAAAACGGUAAUUAUUCAGGGAUUCGGAAAUGUCGGUAUGUAUGCUGGUCGCUUUUUCCAAAAAGCAGGAUGUAAAAUAAUUGGCAUUCAAGAACACGAUGUAUCACUGCUAGACGAGAAAGGUAUAGACGUAGAAGAGCUGAUUAAAUACAAGCAAGUGAACAAUACAAUUAAGUUUUUUCCCAAGGCGAAGGCUGUCGAAGAGAAUCUCUUAGCACACAAAUGUGAUAUUCUUAUUCCAGCAGCGGUUGAAAAGUCAAUAAACUCUACCAAUGCUGACAAAAUUCAAGCCAAAAUAAUUGCCGAAGGUGCUAACGGCCCAACUACUCCGGCAGCCGAUCAAAUCCUUCAAACGCGAAAAAUUCUAGUGAUCCCAGAUUUAUACUGCAAUGCCGGAGGCGUGACAGCCUCCUAUUUUGAGUAUUUGAAAAACAUCAAUCAUAUUUCCUUCGGCAAGCUGUCCUUUCGACAAGAGUCUGAAAAUCUUCGGGAAGUGCUCAAAUCCGUUCAGGAUUCGCUCAGAGAUGCAUCGGUUUGUGUCGAGGUGAACCCAACGGAGGCCCUCAGUCACUAUCUAGAUAACGCUAGUGAAGCAGACGUGGUUGCCUCCGGAUUGAAAUAUGUGUUAGAAACUGCCGGACGAGGAAUCAUGACAGUCGCCAAUCAGCACAAGCUCUGCCUGGAUCUACGAACGGCGGCGUAUAUUUGGUCGGUGGAAAAAAUCUUCAAAGCUUGCGAUGGAGCUGGACUUAGCAUGUAA